GAGUUUGUCGAGGAGGGCCAUCUUGUACGCAGCUUAUUUGCUAUCUUCGCCAAUACCAGUGAGCGCAGACCUACCCAGAAGAAAUCACUGUGGGCCGAUAGUGAGCGAAACACACACAUUCCAGCCAUCUGGAUCCGGGGGGACACAGUCAACCUGACAAACGUGAUUGUGAUGCUUGCGUACCAGCAAAGCUGAUCUUGCAAAAGAGAUAAGCGUGCAAUAGUGUUAAUAAAUUUUACGACGUCAUCGGUUAACCGGUGGUGAGCCGUUAUCGUGGCUCCCAGUGACAGGAUAUUUCCGUGCCUCGGUUUUAGCAUCAAUGUCGAUCAUUUUCUGUUCGGAAAUGAAAGCAAUUUAUUUGCUGUCGGUUGGUUUGAUUUAUUUCUGCAAAACCGUUGCAAGCCUUGAGGAACCAAACACAACGCUAGCCCCGGUGGAAAAUUACAAAACCAAUCCGUACUGCUUCCGGUUCACGUGGAUGGGCCCGAAGUACAACAAGGAUACGCCGUACAAAAACCUCAGCUGUGACAACAUCCUGAAGAAGGCGAAGGGCAUUCCGUGCUUUCAUCCGUUGGUUAUAACGAACAACACCAACGUACCGGACACUAACUACAUGUGGGAAGAGUACAAAGACAAACCGUCCCAAAUUGCUUGCCGGCUCGUGCGUGGGGAGGUGUGCGCCCGGUACUCCUAUCGCUACAACGGUGCAAUUGAAAACAUAACCUACAUGUGCGCCAAACUCAACGUGGACAAUGAGUCGUCUACCUCGACCAGUUGCUUUAAGGAGGAUCGGCUGGGACGGGAGAUCGAGGUGUGCGUCUGCGAAUCGGCCGCCGGUCGUACGCCCUGCAAUCGAUCGACAAUUGUGCUGGCGGAUGGUGCCCCCGUCGCGCCGAUGAUGCUACUGCUGGCCGUGGUACAGUUGCUACUAAUAAAGUGUUUACAGUUGCGGUAGCUAACAGCUUGUUUUUA